AUGGCCUAUUAUCUAAAUGAGAGGAAUAUAAUCACAGAAAGUGAAGACGAAAGACCAUCAAAAACAAUUACAUCAAUUUCCAAUCAAAAAAUGUUAAAAAUUCACAAAAAUUCAUCAAAUUUUACAGAAAAUAAUUUAUUUUUGGAUAAACUGUCACCUUCUGAUCGGGCAAAGAAAUUUGCGGCAAUUGCGUGUGGAGAAGAUGAAGUUAAGAGUGGAAUGAAUCUUGGAAUAGGGAGUGGAACGACUAUGAAGUUUUUUAUUGAUUGGUUACAAGAAACGAUUGAAAAUGGAAAUUUGGAAAAUAUUAAAUGUGUGCCGACGUCUUUUCAGACUCGUGUUUGGUUAAAUAAUGCCAAUUUGCCUGUCUACUGUUUAGAUCAACUUAGCAAUUUGGAUUUGGCUAUUGACGGUGCCGACGAAGUUGAUAAAGAUUUAAAUUGUAUAAAAGGGGCCGGUGGUUGUUUAUUACAAGAAAAAAUUGUCCAAAAUUGUGCUAAACGUUUUGUUGUUAUUGGUGGAUUUGAUAAAUAUUCUGGAGUUUUUGGACGUGUUGCAAAGAGUAUUCCAAUUGAAAUUGCUCCUUUGAGUCUUGUCCCUGUACAGAAAUGGAUUACUGAAAAACAUGGUUUUUUAAAUUUUUCUAGUAAAACCUUAAAAUGCCGAAUUUUUGGUUAA